AUGCUCCUGUCCUUCAUCUCCGGUGCAGGACUAGUCUCACUGUUUGACACCCGCAUCAAAAAACAAGUGGUGAGAAAGUGGGAGACAGACCAUCAGCAAGAUCAUCCUGCGCUGACAGCAAGGCCUCGAAGAGCAAGAUCAACCAUCGCCAUCACUGUUACCGAGGGACAAGGCCGCCGGACCCCUUCUCGAAGGCGAGAUCCUGGAUCGGCCAACACGGUAACGGACCCAAGGCGCCAGGAAAACGCAAGGCGGCUCAUUCUGACGAUGAGAAGGAGUAUCACGACACAUAUGGCACGCAAAUACGGGAUGAGCGGUGAAGACACCUCGUACAAUGCUGAGGAUAGCGACCUGGAUAGCCAUACAGGAAAUGAUGAUACGGACUUCAACUCAGGGUAUGUUGUUGAAGAGAGUGACAGCUGUCACAGCAGUUCUGGUGAAACCAUCUUCGGUGGGCUCGUGCGAGAAAAUGAUUCCGAUACUGAGUUGAGUAUAGGGUGGUUGGAAGGCAGCUCCACCAUCAGUAUGACCACCGACAAUGAUAUCAGUGAACUUGACCUCUUCAUAGAUGAUGUGACGGACGAUAAGAAUGAUGCGGGCCCCGAGGAGACCGGGGCCAUUGUCUGGCGACAUAUCAAAUUCCACAUCAUCCGGAGCAUCUUGGCUGGCCGGCCAAACAUUCUUCUGGCUAAGUUCACCUUCGAAGACGCUCCUGCUGCCCGCCUUAAGUACUCAUUUGCUAUCCCUUCUGCCCUUAUCCCGCUCUGCCGUCCUACAUUUCCGCGAGACGUUCGAAAUCCUCAGCUCUAUCCAUCGCCUCAAAAGGCUGGCGUCGCCCUGUUCAAGGGCCUAGGUCCUAGCUUGACAGGCGUUGUGCCAGAUACCGUGAUCAAAUUCUAUACAUACGGCAACUGCAAGCUGCUUUUGCCCGGUGUUUUACAAUGCUCCAAGUAA